CGUCCACUUGUUUACAUUUAAAUUUAAACACCAGAGGUCCGCUAGUGCUUCUAUAAACGUUUUACACGAAUCUUACACUGACUGUAAAAGCUUCUGAAAAUGAGUGGAAACGUUGAAUCAACCGAAGGAGCCGAGAUAUCAGCUGGGAUGGAAGUCCGGAUCAACCGAAGAAACUUUCCCAUCAACUUGUGGCAUUUGGUGAAUGAUCCUCAGAUUUGUUCAAUCUGCUGGGAUGACAGUGGGGAAGGAAUCCUGAUCUGUCCAGAGGCCUUCAAAGCUGAAGUGCUAUCUGCAGACAACAAGCAGAUGAUCAAGUAUUUCAGAACAACUAAUUUCAUCAAUUUUGUUCGUCAGCUAAACCUGUAUGGCUUCAGGAAAGUUUGCCCAGACUAUAAGCUAUCAUUGACGGAUGUGUGCUUCAUACAGCACUAUUUUAACCCCAACUUUAAACGGGCCAACCCGGAGCUUCUGGCGAAGCUAAAGAGACUGACACCUUCCAACAGGGCCAAGCUUGCCACUGAGCAAGAUGUCUCCAACCACCCAAGUACUUUUCAUCCAGUGCUGAAUUCACCUGACAUCUCUGCUGUGGUCGAGAACCAUUGUUGUAUCCCAGGAUCUUUGGAUUCCAACAUGCCCUCCCAACAAGAAGCUGCCUCCUCCGCUCAUUGUGGCUAUUAUCCUGACUCAUUUAGCCACCUGCAGUACACUGGCCAGGAUCCAAACUGUGAAUCAGAUGAUGUCCAGGACGACUCAUUUAGCCACCUCCAGUACACUGGCCAGGAUCCAAACUGUGAAUCAGAUGAUGUCCAGGACGACUCAUUUAGCCACCUCCAGUACACUGGCCAGGAUCAAAACUUGGAAUCAGAUGAUGUCCAGGACGACUUAUUUGGCCACCUCCAGUACACUGGCCAGGAUCCAAACUGUGAAUCAGAUGAUGUCCAGUACGACUUAUUUAGCCACCUCCAGUACACUGGCCAGGAUCCAAACUUGAGAUCAGAUGAUGUCCAGGACGACUUAUUUAGCCAUCUUCUGUACACUGGCCAGGAUCCAGAUCCCAGGAAGAGUCACAUGAACCUGGACACUAUAUUCGAUACAGAAGAUGAAAUGCAGGCUGCUGAUUUCUUCACUCUGCUUGACUUGUGAAGACAGUUAAAUAUCAUUAAUUAUUUAUAUUAUAUUUAUUUAUAUUUAUUAAAUAAUAAUAAUCAUUAA